CGCUCUCCGUGCUGUGGAAGAGGAGCCAAUCAACAAUGAGAUUGCAAGUCACUUGCCCCAUUUUUAUCUCCGCCGUGUCUUUUUAUCGGAGCAUGUAGUGAUGGAUGCCACCAUCAGCAUAGCUUCUCCUUCUUCUCCACCUUCUUCUUCUUACUUCACUCCACCUCGUCUCGCUAGACUCUCUCCUCGCUCGUCGCGCCCUUCCACCUCCUCCUCCGUACGCCUCGUCUCGAACGGCACGCGCCGGUCCCCAUCGAUCUUCGGGAUCUCCGAUCUCGAUUCCGGGCUCAGAUCGCCGCCGUCGAGGCCGCGAUACCUCCGAGUACGCGCUCUCUCUGUCGCCGGAGCACGAGGUGAAGAAAUGGAGGUUUCAUCUACCGGAGCGGUUGGACAGAACGAUUUGCUGAUUGUUGGACCUGGCGUUCUCGGGCGCUUGGUGGCGGAAAGAUGGCGUGAGGAGCAUCCAGGCUGCCAAAUUUAUGGGCAGACAGUGACUUCCGAUCAUCACGAUGAAUUGGUCAAAAUGGGGAUUAUACCAUCCUUGAAAGGAUCAAAGACAGCUCAGCGGUUUCCUUAUGUGAUUUUUUGUGCUCCGCCAUCACGAACUUCUGACUACCCUGGUGAUGUCAGACUGGCUGCCCUGAGCUGGAAUGGGGAAGGUUCUUUCUUAUUCACAUCAAGCUCUGCUCCAUAUGACUGCAACAACAAUGGAAACUGUGAUGAGGAUAGUCCUAUUGUCCCUAUUGGUAGGAGCCCCAGGACAGACGUUCUCCUGAAAGCAGAAGCAGUGGUGAUGGAAUUCGGUGGCUGUGUUAUUAGAUUGGCAGGACUUUACAAAGCAGAUAGGGGUGCACAUUCUUAUUGGCUAGAGAAGGGAACUGUUGAAGUUCGUCCAGAUCACAUCCUCAAUCUUAUACACUAUGAGGAUGCUGCUUCCCUCUCAGUUGCAAUUAUGGAAAAGAAACUUCGUAACAGGAUCUUCUUGGGAUGUGACAAUCACCCUUUAUCCAGGCAGGAAGUGAUGGACAUUGUUGAGAAAAGUGGCAAAUUUAGUAAAAAGUUCCAGAGUUUCACUGGAACUAAUGAUCCGCUGGGUAAGAAAUUGAACAACUCGAAAACUCGUGCAGAAAUAGGAUGGGAACCCAAGUACCCUAGCUUCUCACAUUUUCUUGGAGUAGCUGAGUAAGUGCUGUGCCAUGCGAUGAUGGGAAUUGACUCGCAGACAUGGUGGGAGAAAAAUGCCUGCUCUUAGACUGAAGGCAAUUUUAUGACCAGUUUAUUUCAAUUCGUUAUUCCUGUGUCACAGUGAUUGAAAAUGUGUACAUACUGUCAAGAGAAUAUGUUCAAUAAGAAGGUAACGGAGCCCGUGUUCAUGUAUACAAGUCCUUUUCAUUUAAGAGUCAACUUGGGCUUGCUCUGAUUAUGCGGGACUUUAUGCUUACGAGUAGACAAAACAGCUGAAGUUAUAUCUUGGUUCAUGUAGUACAAUGUCACUUUGGCCAUCUAUGAGGUAAGUCAGUUUCUGUUUCCCCAAA